GGUGAUCGCGAGAGCGACGCAAUGGUACCUGAAAGAGACAUAGAGACGGGGGACAUGCGUGACAAAUGAUAGACGGUAGUACUUGAGGUCAUUUUGGAAUGGCCAGUAAGCUGGUGGAUGCACACCAGCUAGCACUGGCAUGCAGCGAGGACAAGCGGGGGAGAGCUCGAAGGAGGACCCAGGGUGGUGGAGUGACGCGUCAACUGCUUGUCAAAAGCGAAUGGGAAAUGGAGGUAUUUACGGAAAGGCUAGAUGUAGUAGCACUAGAAACCAAGCUAGCUAUAGUGAGGAGGAAUGAACUCGGAACCGCGUGGUGCAAACCCUAUGCGAAACCUGGAAUGCAGAGGUUGCAAUGGAAGAGACAGUUGUGAAACUGAAGGUUAUUGUUGGAAAGAGUAAGCCAGACUAUGCAGGUUGUGUGAUAAAUUGGUGGUGGAAGGACGGUACUUACGACCAAAAUGGCCUCGGAACAAAGGUCACUAUAAACGACCGAGACAACGUUGGGAACAGCCAACUGUGCUCAUCCACAGAAAUAGUGGGCCCCUCUUGUUUUCUUUUUUGUGUGGGUGGUCC